UUUUUUUUAAAACGUAGUCUUUUGGGUCAAAGCUCCUCCUGAAGCAGCUUGUACGGGGCCCCAAUUUCGCAUGUGCCCGAGGAAUGGAUCAUCUUUCAUUCGGCUUCAUCCAAAACUAGGGUUCCAUCAGAGCAUCCAUGGACGAAGACGUAUCGCGAUGGAUUCUGGAAUUCAUGAUUCGGAAGCCCAUCGGCGAUUCUCUGGUCAGACGUCUCAUCUCCAUUCUUCCUCUUUCGAACAGCCACCCGCGAAUGAAGAAGACCGUGCUGUUGAGAAAAAUCGAGUCGGAAAUCUCCGAUGGCUCUGUUUCGGAGACCAUCCUUGAACUGCUUGAAAUUAUCGAAGAGUUGGAUUAUAAAGAGGGAGUCGCUGUUUUGGAUUCGAUGAAGAACGCGUAUUGCGCGGUGGCUGUGGAAUGCACGGUGAAGUUUCUGGUCGGGAGUGGUGGGAAAGAGGGCAAGUAUUUUGAUGCAGUGAAGAGGAUUUGGAGGGGGAAAAUUCAUAAAAUGGAGAGUUCGGCGACGGCGGGGUUGGUUUCAGACCAGUUGCGGAAAUGGAGGGAUGACAUUGAGGCUGCUGUUUGGGAUGCGAGAGUUUGUGAAGAUAUAUUGGCAAAAAAUACUCGAAAUGAUGCUUUGAGGUUGGUUCGGGCGUAUGUAGCCGAAGCUUGGGCCAUCAUGGGUCCUCCGUUCCUGGAAUUGGCUGCUCGAGCGAUCAAGUUGGUGGAAGGAUUGCCGGGGGCAGGUAACGGUUCAACAUGUAAUCAAGCUGCAGCGUGUUCGCCCAAUGUGGCUACAGACUUGGUCGUCCCUGAUAAAGAUAAAGAAACACUGAAGGCUAGUAUGUUGCCCAAACGCAAGCAUGUUGGUGGCCAUGGUAGACGCUCCAGAGGAGGAGUUAAGAUUACUGAUACUGAAGAAGUGAGAGGACAAACAUCGGGUAGCAAAUAUGAUUGCCUGCCAAGUCCUGAGGUUGAUAGAGUGCAAGCAGCACUUAAAUCCAGUUCUUUGGAGUUGCAAGCUCUGGUGAAGGACCCUCUUCCUGAAGCAUUACAAUUGGCUGAAGCUGUAAUAUCUGGCUUGGCAAAAAAAGAUGUGAAUCAUGAGCCAUUGACUAAAGACCAGGGCAUAAUAGAUGUAGCUGCACCCAAUCCUUCUGUUGGCAAGAAUCUCGUUGCUGACCAAACAAAUGAAGCUGAUAGUGGACAUCAAUGUACUACAGAUCAGAAUAAUGUUCCUAGACCCAGCUUAAUGGCAAGGAAUGGCACUGCUCGCACUUGUGAGUGGGAUGAUUCAAUUGAUGCCUCACCUGAAGGUUUGUCCAGUGAUACUAACAUUUGCUUACCUAGCCCAAAGAGAAAGGCGGUUUCUCCUUUGAAGAAGUACGAAAUCACUAAACUUGCUAAGAGAAGACAAAUGAAGAAAUGGAGUAUACUGGAGGAAGACACUUUGAGGACUGGUGUGCUGAAGUUUGGUAAGGGAAAUUGGACACUCAUUUUAAACUGCUACCGGGACAUUUUUGAAGAGAGAACCCAGGUUGAUCUUAAGGACAAGUGGAGAAACAUGACCAAGUAUUGAUACUUCAUGCAGUCAUCAUCUGUUUUUUGUGCUAUAUAAUGGAGAAGUAUGCUCCUUGUCCUUGUUUUUAUGGCAUCUCAUACUUUUCUGCCCAUGCAUCACACUUCAGCCAGGGUUUCAAUGCUAAGGAGGCGCUGUGGAUGAACCGUAAUUAUCAGACUCUACCUUUUGGAACAACUUGUAUAAUUUCUGUAUAUCAUGUCCUGAUGAAGGAAGUGGGUGUAGUUUAUGUCCUAACCAGCUAAGGAAGAUGGAGCAAUCUAAAAUCCAUCCAGGGAUAGUAGGGCAAAGGUGUUUGUAACUGUUCAUAGCUUUUUGUUAUGUUGUGUCAUUGUAUGGCACAGUGCCUUGGACCUUCAAAGUUCAACUACAUAUGAAAUAGUGAUUUUGGUUGUUCA